AUGACGACGGUGGAACCUGUAGAUCCGAAAGUUGACGGGAAUCAUACUCCUGACGCGAAGUUGCCGCCACGGUUGUUUGCGACGGAUCGGUUCCCUCGUGCGAGGGUUAAUAUCUACUCAAAACCAGACUUGCUUACCACUAUUCAUGAGAUACUCGGCGAUUCACCGGAGUUCGACUUCAUCCGCUCUACGUGCCUUGGGGUCUUAUUUGAUUUCCCGGCGAGCUUAUGCCAAAACUCCGAGAAGCUCGUCCACGCAAUGUUGACGAGACAGCUGUUUUCCAAGAAUAAGUACAACAUGUGGAUGGUAUACGGUGGACAUCCCUUAAGAUUCAAUCUUUCUGAUUUUGGUAGGGUAUAUGGACUCCCGUGUAGAGACUAUCCCGAGAACUAUGACCCAAAUUUGAUGGAGAAACACCCACGGGAGCCAGACGCUUUAUGGAGGGAGAUAAUUGGGGACUCAAUUCACACUACAAUUGGAGACUUAGUCGAUGAGCUGAGAGCGAAUCCAGAGAUGCCACCGAAGAGAAGGAUACAGCUGGUGCUUAUUACGAUAGUUGACGGCGUCCUCAUUGCGAGUGCGGCGAUCCACAGACCUACCCCGAAAUACUUUAGGAUGCUCGAUGACAUGGAGUCGUUUCUGAGAUUUCCUUGGGGGAGAGUCUUUCUUCCGCACUAUUAUCACGCUGAGGCCAUUGAGCAAUGGUAA